CACCGCGCCGCAUCAGCUGACUCCGCGCCGGUCACGUGACUCGCCCCCGCUGCUGACAGUCUGGAGCUUCACCUCGUCAUGGCUGCAGCACCGCAACCCGUCUAUUGGCUGGGUAAUGACACCCUCAGGGUAUCGGCUGCCCUUUUUGCUGAGAACCGUCAAAGGUUGUGCCAGGGCCUGAAAGCCAAUGCUGAUGUGCUGCCAAAGUCGGUGGUGGUGCUGCAGGGCGGAGAGCAGAAGCAGAGGUACUGCACAGAUACAGAUGUCGUCUUCAGGCAGGAGUCUUUCUUCCACUGGGCUUUCGGAGUGACUGAAGCUGACUGCUACGGUGCCAUUGAUGUGGACUCUGGGAAAUCAAUUCUUUUUGUUCCUAAACUGCCUGAAAGCUACGCAACUUGGAUGGGAGAGAUCUUUCCGAGAGAGCAUUUCAAGUCCAAAUAUGCUGUCGAUGAGGUGCAGUACAGCUGUGACGUGGCCGAUGUCCUGUCCAACCUGAAACCUGCGGUUCUCCUAACAUUGAAAGGGCUGAACACAGAUAGUGGGAGCAUCUGCCGUGAAGCCUCCUUUGAAGGAAUUAGUCGCUUCCAGGUUAACAACACUCUUUUACAUCCAGUCAUCGUGGAAUGUCGUCUCGCAAAGACGGAUAUGGAGCUGGAGGUGCUGCGUUACACCAACAGGAUUUCCAGUGAAGCCCACAAGAUGAUCAUGAAGAAUGUGAAACCUGGACAGACAGAAUAUGAAAUGGAGAGCUUGUUCCAGCACUACUGCUACGCCAAAGGAGGGAUGCGCCACAUGUCCUACACCUGCAUCUGUGGAACAGGCAAUAAUGGCUCGAUCCUCCACUACGGUCAUGCCGGCGCUCCGAAUGACAAGUUGAUUGCAGACGGAGACAUGUGUCUGUUUGACAUGGGUGGAGAGUACUACUGCUACUCCUCAGACAUCACCUGCUCCUUUCCAGCCAACGGCAGGUUCACCGCAGACCAGAGGGCCAUCUACGAGGCCGUCCUGAAAUCCUCCCGCAAAGUCUUUUCCGCCAUCAGACCAGGAGCGGUGUGGUCCGAGAUGCAUCGCCUUGCUGACAAGACUCACCUGGAAGAACUUGUGAAGAUCGGCAUCCUGCAGGGCAACGUGGAUGAGAUGAUGAAGGUCCACCUGGGCUCCGUCUUCAUGCCCCACGGCCUGGGACAUCUCCUGGGCAUCGACGUGCACGAUGUGGGGGGUUACCCCGAGGGAGUGGAGCGCAUUGAUGAGCCCGGACUGAGGAGUCUUCGCAUGGGCCGCCUGGUCCAGGAGCGGAUGGUGCUCACCGUGGAGCCUGGAAUCUACUUCAUCAACCACCUGCUGGACCAGGCGCUGAAGGACCCGGCCCAGAGCUGCUUCAUCAACAACCAAGUCCUGGCGCGCUUCCGCGGCUUCGGAGGGGUUCGCAUUGAGGACGACAUCGCCGUGACAGCAGACGGCAUGGAGCUGCUGACCUGCGUCCCUCGCACAGUGGAGGAGAUCGAGGCUUUCAUGUCCGAGUCUGCAAAACCGUUCAGCCCCGUCGUCGAGAAAGCCUGAACGAUGAAUGUCGGUGACGGCUGAGCCGGGCGCCGCGGUCUCCUCUCAGCCAUCAGCGGCAACGGUUUAUUCAUGAGGGAAACGGAUACAGGAUUGGGAUUACAGUUAGAUACAAAGGUUCACAUGCGGCCUCUUCCGUGAUGAUUAAAGAUUCUCAUUUGGAGACUAAAAUAAUGAUUCAACCAAUUUUUUUUAUGCUUUCUCAGAAAAUUAAUUCUAUAUUUUUUUAAAUGGUUAAUUUUUACAUAUUUCUGUUCAACAUGUAUUCUUAAAAAUAAAAUUAAUCUCAUUAAAAGAAACAUUUCCACUCACAAA